AAACGUUACAUUUUAGACGUGAUCAAUGGUAAAAUUCAUUAAACGAAGCGUAACUGUUAACACUUAAAACUUAGCUAUUGUCGGGUAUAUAAAAGUCGAGCGUUAUUCUACUAUUUAAUUUACCAUUAUUAUGAAGAAAGUGUUGACUGAGUGGAGUUAUAUUUACAUCACAUAUACAGGAAUAAUUGUUUGAAUGUACACUAUUUCCAUUUAAAUAUUUUUAACGUGACUUCAGUGUAGUUUUUUUGGCUAAGCUUUCAAGACAUACAUUGUUAUUUUAUGUACAUUUAAAGCACAUGCGUUUACAGAAUGGAUAGAGAACGUAUGCAAUGGGGAGGAAAACUCGAGUAUUUGUUCACGUCGUUUGGAUACACUGUUGGGUUGGGAAAUAUUUGGCGGUUCCCCUACAAAUGUUACAUCCACGGCGGUGGGGCAUUUUUCAUUCCAUAUGUUUUGACAGUUGUGUUGUGCUCGUUCCCAAUUUUGUUUCUCGAAAUGUUCAUGGGUCAGUUUUCAUCUGAAGGACCGAUUACUGUGUGGAAAUUUUGUCCAAUUUUCAAGGGUGUUGGAUGGGCAAUUAUUUUCAAUAUUUUCAUGACGAAUAUAAACUAUAUCGUCAUCGUUAUGUAUUCAUUUUACUACAUGCUGGUGUCUCUUGUGAACAUUGGCGGUACGUUACCAUGGCAACAAUGCCAAAAGCCUUGGGCAACUCAAAACUGUAGGAACGAGCCUUUUCCAAAUUAUGACGAAAUAAGUUAUGACAGUAAGAAAAUAGGAAUACUACAAAAUUACCUGGAUGUUUCUUGCAUGCAGAAAAUAAAAAACAUGCAAAAUAUUACUGUCGAUCCAGUUUUGUUUGGUGACUUCAGGGCACUGUAUAAGUCGUGUGAAAAAAUGUAUAAAUCACCAGAAGAAGAAUACUGGAACAGGUUUGUGCUCGGCGUUCACAAGUCUGACGGGUUAGAUGACCUCGGACCAGUGGUUGGACGGAACGCUAUAAUACUACUUCUUGUUUGGUUAAUGGUAUUCUAUUGCUGCGUUAAAGGCAUACGAUCACUAGCAAAGGUCGCCUAUUUCACAGCCUCGUUCCCAUUCUUGGUAUUGCUCAUUUUACUGGUUCGAGGUAUGACAUUAGAAGGUCAUGAAAUCGGCAUAAAAUAUUACACGGAACCAGACUACCGGAAGUUGUCCAACAUGGCUAUCUGGUCCAGCGCAGCAACACAGGCCAUGUACUCCAUUGGCGUGGCUUUCGGCUCCCACAUUGCGCUUGCUAGUCACAAUAGGUUUAGUAAUAACGUUCUCCGGGAUGGUAUCAUUCUUGGGUGUGUGAAUACUUUGACCAGUGUAUGCGGUGGCUUUGUCGUUUUUGCAUUCCUUGGCCACGCGUCGUAUACGCUCAACCGACCAAUAGAUACAAUCUUUGAUCAAGGGCCUGGUCUAAUAUUUAUCUCUUACCUGCAAGGAAUCUCACAGCUACCAGGAUCUGCCAUGUGGGCGUUCUUAUUUUUCAUGGUGGUGUUAACACUGGGUGUUGACUCGGUUUUUAUCAUGGUCUGGACAGUUUAUGUGUCAAUUGAAGACGUGUUUCCAGACCUUUUCAAGAAGAAGGGCAAUAUAAUUUUAAUUGCUAUGUGUGUGGUACCAUACCUUUUGGGUCUUCCACUCAUUACAGAUGGUGGUAUUCAUUUAUUAGUUGUUAUGGAUCGUUAUACGGCAGACUUUACCUUAACACUGUUUCUCAUCAUGGAAAGUGUAGCGGUAUGUUGGGUUUAUGGACUUCGACGCUUUAUCGCUGACGUUGAGAUGAUGAUUGGCCGGAAGUCGGUGCUGUUUAAAUGGUACUGGAUGGCAACUUGGGGGGUCACUGCUCCUGCAUUUGGCAUGUUUAUUUUUAUCGCAUCUGCGGUAGGAUACACUUCCGUUAGUUAUAAUGGUAUAACAACAACGCCAGGGGGAGAGGCAUUUGGAUGGAUAUUGAUACUCACGCCCUUAGUGAUUAUGCUAGGCGUCGCUGGAUACCAAAUACGGAAAUAUGGCGGGAUAAAAGAAGCAACGUUUGAGGAGAAAGAUUGGGGCCCAAGACUUAAGGUCAACAGAAGUGGCCGUUAUGUGAAUGAGUAUAUACAUCCGAUAGGUCAGCGGCACAGAAUGGAUUCAGAUAGAUGUGAGUCAAGCUUUGCAACACCAACCUGUUACUCUGCCCAGGACCAGCUUGCUGACGUAAACAUUAAUGGUGGUUAUUUAACGUGUGAUCUAGGUGGCAGUAGGGAUGUCACCAUUAACCCGGAAGUAAAUGUAAAUCCAGAUUAUUUUACGUUUACAGAGAUGUAACAAUCAUUCUUACAGACAGGAAAUGGGGAUGGGGGAGGAUGGGAAAAUAAUACAAUAUAGUAACGUAGACUUUAAAUGAUAUUGCUAUGUGUUGUUGUUGUUGUAGCUGUUGUGAAAUUUAAUAGACAUUUGUACAUGUAUAUUUGUCUAACAUCAUUCUAUGUUUGUAUUUAUAAAGUUUCUUUAAAAGUGUCUUUCAGUUCUAAUAUUUGUAAGAUUGUGGUUCGUUUAUAUAUAUAAUGUAUCAUUUCCUUACAUUAUCUCAUUCUCAGUCUUGUUUAUGAUCUUUCUUCAAGUGUAUCUAUGACUAGCGCCGACUAAUUGUUCUUUUUAACAUUAUGAUAUUCUUUUGUUGAAAAAUAAAACAACUUAACAAAUAAAA